CUCUGAGUGAUGGGGAUCUCAACGCAACAUCGUAUUCACCAUUUGGCAUCCGGAGUCGUCUUUUAAUGCUCUUCUUUACAGGUGUCGGAUGAUGUUCUCCGCAGAGCAACUGCAGGAGGGUUGACAAUUUUUGCUCCGUCCAAGCGGAAAUUUCUACACGGGGAACCCAAUCUCAUGAGAAGAAGUCAAAGACUCGAGUUCGUUUCUGCAUUUUGUUCGUGGUUGCAUUUUGGAUCGAGAAGUAUUGGAAAAGAAAGAUCUUUGCUGCACGAAAGAUAAGCUUAUCGAAGCAAUUUGUGGGGUAAAAAGGGCGGCUUCUCCUCGAUCGCUUUUUGGUGUUCUGCUCCCAUCAAAUCAACUGUCUCUCGCCCUUCCUUUGGCAGAUUCUGCUCCCCGGAAAGAGCUGAGAAGAUAGGGCGAGAAGCCCCUCCUUUUUGCUAGACUUGACCGCUGAUCUGCCGUCCCGCUUUUUCAAGCUCUGAUGCCCCCCUCCGACUCUGAGGCGGCCUUUGGGUUACCGGCGUCAAGGUCUCGUUUUGAUGCUUUGUUUCCACUCCUUGGAUCAGUAUUGCUCCAAUCUUGCAUAAAAGAUCCAAUCUUUGGUUUCAUAUUGCUGGUACGGGAAUAGUGUGCUGGACUUAGGGUUCUAUCGUUGAGAACGUAUGCUCUUACGAUCCCCGCCCGCAAAUUCUGCUGUUUAUUUCUUUUGCAUGUCUUUCUUGUUCGGAUUCUGAAAUAUACGGUGUGUGUGCUGAUCAAGCUCUGCUUCAAUUUCCAAACCUGAUGAUUUCGCAGUAGGAAUAAGAACGCCGUCUUUGUUCUUCUUGAGUUAUUCCUGGCUUCCGGUUCGAGCUCAUUGUCUCUGUUUUAGGAGGAGGAGUUCGGUUCUCUCGGUUGGUCCUCUUUCAAGCUCUGUCUCUGUCUGACGUUGUACUGCACAAAGAAUGCUUAAUUGAUCCAUAGAUAGAACUGAGAAGUUGUUGAGAUUGAUACUGGGUGCUGUGCUGUGGUUCAUUGUUUGGUUGCAAGAAGCAUGGAUGAUGGAGACGUAGACCUGUCGAGCCACCUGCUUGUUUCGGAUCCUGAGAUAAACCAGAGCUUCGAUGAGUUCUUGAGAAGCACCAGCACAUGCACCCACACCCAUACAUGUAACCUUCCAGGGCCGGCCGCUGCCACCCACACCCACACAUGCUACCACACUCAUACUCAAGUGUUUGCGGCAGGCGAGGGGGAAAGCCUCGGAGAAGAGGAGCCAAAAAGGUAUCGGAAACCACUCGGGAACAAAGAGGCUGUGAGGAAGUAUCGAGAAAAGAAGAAGGCCCAUGCAGCCUUCCUGGAAGAGGAAGUCAAGAAACUGCGCCUUGUGAAUCAGCAGCUUCUGAGAAGAUUGCAGGGUCAAGCAGCGCUCGAAGCAGAGGUGAUCAGACUAAGAAACCUGCUGGUGGACUUCAGAGGGAAGAUUGAUGCUGAAUUGGGUGGCCUCCCGUUUCAGAAUCAGUGCAGACCUGGUUGCUUACAGUGUGAUGCUGAUGGUCAAUGCAUCAGCCAAAACCUUGCAGCGAUCGAUUGGGAAGGGAGUCAUGUGCCUGCAAUUACAAAUUGUCAGAUCAAUCCGAGUGGGGAUAUUAUAAUGAGGCAGAAGCUGGGGAUCACUGAAGCUGUGAACUCAAUGAAUGUUGUAGGAAGUUUGAUCUCAUCUGCUUCCCAAACAGAGUGAAAGGUUUGAUCGACGGUUCUCUUAUAUGUUUCUGAGUCCUUAAAACUUGCUAUGUUGCAGGCAAACAGGCCAGCUGAGCAAUUUAUGAUACUUACAUGCAGGCAGAAACGACAUACGUUUUGUAAGAAUAAUGUUUUAUGGAUGACAAAAAAGCUUAGAACAAAUUCGGCAUGGGUGGAAAUCCAGUAUGUACAUAAUAAGAAAUGUUGAAUAUGCACAUAAUAAUCAUAUCCAAAGAUAUGUUUUUGCUGCUUUUACUA